AUGUCUCAUCAUACGUUGACUUGUAUUACUUGCUUAUGUCUGAUUAUGCGAUCUAUAUUACUUGACUCCCAAAAAAAUGUUUCUGGAUGUCUAUUCCAGUUAGUCAAUGAUGUUACAAAUAAAACAAAUCGAAGUAGUGAAUCCAUGUAUAAUUUAUUAAAUUUGAUCAAACGUUGAUUUUCCUAAUCCGCUUGUUAGUUUGCCCGCGAUCGUUGCAAAUCCGCGCAGGGGUUCCCGAUCCCUCGCGCCAUCACACUCGAAUUCCCGCUGCGUGAACUCAAUUGUGAUGGGAUUCAGAGCCGGUGGGCAGCGUGAGACCGAAAUUCCCGACGAUCGACGACACCAGAGGAUUCCGUACGAUGAAAGACGGCUCGGUGACGUUGCUGUGCUUCGCCCAAGGGUUCCCUGUCCCGGUACACAAGUAAGUUGGCCGACCGAUUCGCGAACUGUCGACGCAGCAUUGGCCAAAGCGAGUGACCCGGAAGAUCACUCGCCGUUUUUGGUCCCUUGA